GUUGAGAAGGAAGUGAAACCCUUUCAAAAAUAAUUUUUGAGGUCUUUUUCUGACUUGUGAGUCUCGUGGUUAUUCAUGUUUAAAUGCAUCAUUCCGAAAGUGAAAGUAAAGUUGUUGUUGUAAAGAUGGAUUCACUAUUUGUAGAAGAACUUGGUUGUCCUGUGUGUUAUGAAAUCUUCAAGGAUCCUAUUGUUUUAUCAUGUAGUCACAGUUUCUGUAAAGAGUGUCUUCAACAGUUCUGGAGAACCAAGGAAACUCAGGAGUGUCCUGUCUGCAGGAGAAGAUCCUCAAGAGAUGAUCCUCCAAGUAAUCUUGUGUUAAAAAACUUGUGUGAGUUGUUCCUGAAGGAGAGAAAUGAGAGCCAUUCAUCGGGGUCUGAGGAGAUCUGCAGUUUACACAGUGAGAAACUCAAACUCUUCUGUCUGGAGGACGAACAGCCUGUGUGUUUAGUGUGCAGAGAUUCACAAACACACGACAACCACAAAUUCAGACCAAUCAAUGAAGCGGUUUCAUCUUAUAAGGAGAAGAUAAAUACAGCACUAAGAUCCUUACAAGCGAAACUUAAACACAAAGAGAACAUUAAAGGGCAAUUUGAGAAAACAGUCCAACAUUUCGAGUCUCAAGCUGAGCACACAGAGCAUCAGAUAAAACAGCAGUUUGAGAAGCUUCAUCAGUUUCUCAGAGAUGAAGAAGAAGCUACUAUCACUGCACUGAGAGAUGAAGAGGAGAAGAAGAAGCAGAUGAUGGCGGAGAAGCUGGAGGAGAUCAACAGACACAUCUCAGCUCUUUCACACACAAUCAAAGACAUGGAGGAGAUGAUGAAAGACAAUGAUGUCUGCUUUCUAAAGAAGUUUCCAGUCUCAAUGGAAAGAGUCCAGAUCUCACAGCCGGAUCCACAGAUGCCUUCUGGAGCUUUGAUUCACGUGCCACAGUACUUGAGCAACCUGCCAUUCAGAGUCUGGAAGAAGUUGUUGGACAGUAUCCAAUACACUCCUGUGAUUCUGGAUCCAAACACGGCUCAUCCAGGGCUCGUCCUGUCUGAUGAUCUGACCAGUGUGAGAGACCACUGGAACAAACAAUCUCUUCCUGAUAAUCUGGAGAGAUUUGACAGCUAUUCCUGUGUUCUGGGUUCAGAGGGUUUUAAUUCAGGAAUACACAGAUGGGAUGUGGAGGUUAAAGGGAAUUCAUUCUGGAUUCUUGGAGUAACUACGGCAUCGAACCAAAGGAAGGGACGUCAGUUCUUUGACACUGAUGUGUGGAGUGUGCAGUAUGGACUGUAUGAAAGGUCUGGUUUUCCUGUUAAACAGAAGCUUAAGUAUGUGAGAGUGUAUCUGGACUAUGACAGAGGAAUGGUGUUAUUCUUUGAUCCUGUAACUAACACACAUCUACACACAUUCAAAACCACCUUCACUGACACUGUCUUUCCUUUCUUUGAAACGGCUUCCUCUCUGAGAAUCUUGUCUUACAAAAUUUAGUAAAGGCUACACCUGGAUCUUCCUGCUUUCAUCUUUUCCAGUCGCCAUGUUUCCAAUAUUUAAUCCAUAUCACAUGAGUAAGAGUGCUGUUGAUAUGAAUAUCAUCCCUACAGUCAUUCAGCACUACAGACACACUGACUGACACGACAUAAUGAACCAAAAUGAUAUUAACAACUUGGUGGCUUUUAAUUGUGUAACUGUGUGAUCAAUCUGGCGCCCUUGGCUGACUUCCUCCCGGAGCUUACCCCGGAGUUUGUUAUAAUAAUGUGGAUCAACAGGCUUCUCACACGGAUUAUACCUCUUCUCAUCAUCCAUCCAGUGACAUUGAUAUUUCAAUAUACAACAGCGGAAAUUUUCUCAUUUUGACUCUGUGCUGCCGGCCCACCUCUAAGCAUCUUAUUUCACCAUUAUAUCCACGAUAAUUUUCGUUAUCCAGUGUCCUUCAAAGAAAUCAAGCUUGCAUGUGCUUGCUAACCUAGCCAGGCCAGCUAACAUCAAAACUGUUAUGAACAAUUUGGCUUAUUUAACAUUCAUCCAUUAAUAAGCAAAGGACCUCUCAUUUAUGAUUUUAACUUUUAUAUGAAUUAAAAUGACUUUGCACAUAUUUGUGUUAUUAUUUUAUCUUUCACCAGUGUUAUCCUUAAUAUUAGCAAAAGUAACCUCUCGCCAAUGAUCAAAUCGCUUAUGGUAGCUACCAGCAACAGUGUAGUGUCUGUAACUCAUAUACAAAUUAGAUGUACAUUUGAAUUUCAAUAUUUCCACUUCUAACCACUAGAUGUCACUGUCAGCCAUAAUUAAUACAUUCCAGUCCUGUCAGUAAAAUUAUUUUGUGGCAUUUUACAUACUUUAAGAUGAAACAGAAUUUGGAUUGUUUACAAAAUUGACAUUGUUUGACACCUCUGUUUAUUCCAGUAUUGUGUAAUGUGCAUGAAUAUUAUGAAGUGUAUGGUAUGAGCACAUGAGAAUAAUCAGUCUAGAUAUUCAGUUCCCCUGCCACUUUGUGCAAAAAGAUGAAAAUCCUUCAUAGAAACCCACAUUGGGACAAACAACAUCUUCCAUAAAUUCUU